AUGGAAAUACGGUCGAAGACCGAAACGCCUAAAGAAUCUGGGAAGCCCCAAAAGAAAGCUGCAGCUCAAAACGGGGCUGUAGACAAGAUGGCUCUUGCUGCGCGUAACUUCCCAAAUUUGGCAAAGAAUCAACAAGUUAUCGAUCAACUUUUCAAUGCAAACAAAGCUCGAAUUGAACAAGCAAGGCAAUUGUUUGUGUCACAAAAGCUCGCUGAACUAAAGAAAGCCAACGACUCAUUGGAGAAGGAGGUUGCUGAACUUAAAGAAAAGCUCGUCGUGGCUGAAGUAACCGGUGGAGUGAAGCAGAUUUCCGUGCCAAAGGUUGAACAAUCAGCUAUUGCUUCAAAAGAACAAAGGACGAAAGAACCAAUUGCUGCUGCCGCCCCUCAAAAGUCUCAGGAAGCAAAGGUUCAACCAGAAAAGAAAGAAAAGAAGGCAACUGGAGGAGAUAAAGCAGCUGCAGCCACAGCCUCUGAUGAAACUAUUGAUAUUGGACGACUGGACCUGCGUGUGGGUCGCAUUAUUCAUUGCGAGAAACAUCCAGACGCCGAUGCUCUUUAUCUAGAAAAGAUUGAUGUCGGUGAAGCCGAACCUCGAACCGUUGUGUCCGGAUUGGUUAAACACGUGCCUUUGGAUCAAAUGCAAAACCGACUAGUUGUUGUGAUGUGCAAUUUGAAGCCGGCAAAGAUGAGGGGAGUCGAGUCGAAGGCAAUGGUGAUGUGUGCGAGCAGCCCUGAGAAGGUUGAAAUUAUGGAGGUUGAUCCAAGUGCCAAGCCUGGAAUGUCUGUGGUUUGCCCUCCGUUUGUUCAUCGGCCCGAUGCUCAAUUAAACCCGAAAAAGAAAGUGUGGGAAACAGUAGCUGAAGACUUACUGGUGUCGCCCGAGGGGAUCGCUACGUGGAAAGGCCAUCCAUUGCUCGUUGACGGAAAGACUCAUCUGGUUGCGCCCACCCUCCGCAAUGUGCACGUCAAA